GUGUAGCAUUUCCGCCUUGACGGUGCUAGCAGGAAAAAGCGCAGCGGAGAAACGGUUCAGAGCACGGUUUCCAGCUUGAACACACCGACCUAAGCGACCUGCUGUGUUCAUGUUCAGCUGCCGGUGGUUCUGGUUCUGACUGGUUCCGUCCGUGCUCGUCCCAGUGAGUGUCAGCGGGCAGAAAAACCGGAGCUUUUCGGGGCGUUAGCCACCUAGCCUAGCCUAGCAGCAGCUAACGUUAGCAGCAGAGAUGAUAGCGCUCAUCAACAAACUGCUGGACUGGUUCAAGGCUCUGUUCUGGAAGGAGGAGAUGGAGCUGACCCUGGUGGGCCUGCAGUACUCCGGGAAGACCACCUUCGUCAACGUGAUAGCGUCGGGUCAGUUCAGUGAAGACAUGAUUCCUACGGUGGGCUUCAACAUGAGGAAGAUCACUAAAGGCAACGUCACCAUCAAGCUGUGGGACAUCGGAGGACAGCCUCGCUUCAGGAGCAUGUGGGAGCGUUACUGUCGAGGAGUCAGCGCCAUCGUGUACAUGGUGGACGCAGCAGAUCCAGAGAAGAUCGAAGCCUCCAAGAARGAGCUGCACAACCUGCUGGACAAACCGCAGCUGCAGGGGAUCCCUGUUCUGGUUCUGGGGAACAAGCGGGACCUUCCAGGAUCUCUGGAUGAGAAGGAGCUCAUAGAGAGGAUGUGAUGUCGUCCUGCACACGCUGCCUCCUCUGUGUGUCGCAGAGCAGAGCCACAUGUGGUGUAAAUCCAGGCUCAGCUGAGUGCUCACUGUAAAACAUCUGGAUUUAGGAAUGUUUGGGUUCAGCUUCUGGUUCUGACUGGUGAUGAUGUCACUCUGCUGCACAGGUUCUGGUACCGGUGCACCUUUGAUCCACACCUGUUGGAUCAAACAUCACUACACCCUGUUCAAAAACACUUUUUAAAGGGAUCCAGGAUUAGUUGUAACGUUAAACAUUUAUUUU